CCCUCAAUUGGUGGGAUGAGGCUGCCCUUCGCCCGGAGUCCUUUGUCGGUGCCCGGAGCCCUUUGCUCGGUGCCCGGAGCCCGCGCUCGCCCCGGGGUUCCUGAACGGAGCUCCACAAGAUGGCGAGCGCGGGCCUGCGCGCGGCCCAAGAUGGCGGCGGGCGGCGCGGCGCGGGGUCGGAGGCGCUCGGACACCCGCGGCCCCGCUCGCCCGGCCCGGCCACGGCCACGACAGCGGGCCCGGAGCUCCGCGGAGGUGGCCCCGGCAGCCGACCCCGCACAGCCCGCGGGGGAAACAGCCGACACGGCGAGCCCGCGUUCAUCACAUGGAGCUGCUGAAGGACAACCUGCAAAGAGGAUGAAAUAUGAAGAAAGCAAUCUAAAAUCAGAGCUAGAGGGACUCACAUGUGAAAGUGGAAACCUUGCUACUCUGGGGGAAACACCUAAAACAUCUGAUGAGGAUGGAGGUUCAGAAGAUCCAAGAGACAGCAGUGUAAUCCAAGAGGAAAAAGAUGAAAGCAUUCCAGAGACUGAUGAAGGGAAGCAGGAGAAGGAGCAUGGUGUUUCUCUGGAGACACACACAGUGAAAUCCAGCAGCGCCCCAUUAAAAAUGGGUGGAUAUCUGCACCACUAUCACGUGUUCAGUGAAGAGGAGAGCAGCUGUGGGAGCUUUGACGGGGCCACCUCGGAGGAUGCAGAGCACCCGCGGAGGCCGAUGCUCCUGGAGCACAGCAGUGGCCUCUCGGAUGAGGACAGCAACCAGCCCAUGCCAGUGCACCGCUUCUUUGGAGAUGUUGAACUGCACCUCCCAGAAGUUGUGCUCCCGAGUGUGACGAGGAGCAGGCGAGAAGCCAGGAAGCUCCAUUUCAUUGCAAAGGAAGAUGAUGAAGAGGAGGAGGAAGAGGAUGAUGUCUAACAACAGACUGUGAACAAAUUAAACCCUUCUUCUUUCUCUUUGUAACCACAUGGCAGUGGCUGUGGCAGUAACAUGACGUGUCUGCUUGCCUUUUCUCAGGGAGAGAACUGGGAGAGUUUGUUUUGCUGGAGUUGGCAGAUACAGUAUUCCAGUGAUUAUCUGGGGCAAAUACUGAAUUUUCAGUGGUUUGGAAAUAAAGUAUAAUUGGGCACUUUACCACUGAUAUUUAAGAAAAAAACCCAGGGAAUAUGAAAGUUCUUAUGGCUUUUUUGUAAAUUUGAGCCUCUAUCUUAAGAAAGUAUUUGGUUUCACACCUUUUUUUUGCAAAAUAGUUAAGAAAAUGAUGCUGGAGCAAGGUUCUUUUUAAUUCUGAAAUGUCUGUGGCAUCCAGGUAAUAAAGAAGCAAACUGACUCCCUGGUACAAAGAAGGUCAAAGGUCUUCCUUGUGUGGGUUGUUUACAUCUAACCCAGGACCAAUUAAACCUCUAAAAUGCAGUUCUGCUGGCAAAAUGAAAUGCAGGCUGUCAGAAUGGAUUCAGUGUGCUCAUCUCUGCAAGUUCAGCCCCCUUGCAUUGCGCGUCAGCUCCCCAAACACCCACCCUGUGGUGCUGCCUCCUCCCUCCACCUGCUGCUCUAAGUGUUGUCCUUCGUUGGUUUCCAGCAGGGAUUUUGGAAACAAAUGAUUUGGUGGUGAUACACAACAAAUACCGUCCCUUGGAUUUGAUGGACAGGGGAAGAUUGCUGAGGCUGUGGGGCAGCCCCCUCUGCAUGUUUAAGAAAAAAAAAGGAGCAACCUCAGCCAAUUCCAGAAACUGUUAAUUCACCCAGUGUUUGUGGGAAUAUUUCUUUGAAAGUGUGAUUAUGCAAUAAGCUUCUAUAUAUUUAUUGUUAUAGCUCCUUCUAUGUUUCUAAAAAUAGAGAGAAAAUGUUAUCAGCAGAUGGUUUAAAUAAAUAUUAAUUUCUACA